CGAAUUUACCCGCUCACUUUUAUGGUGUAUUAGAUAGAUUGCUAGUUAGCGGAAUCCAGACGUUAAUCAACAUUUUGCCAAGCAGCAUACAUCUGGGCGUUCAUCACUCAUGCUGUCAUUUCUGAUCACUGGCAACUAAUUGAACAGCAAGUUAGUAAUAGUUCUGUUACCAUAGAUCGCUAAGGAGCCAAGGCACACAACGCUGGACAACGUAGCUAAUAUUAGCUUGUGCCAAGACUUUCAGCUAGCAAGCCAGCUACCCAAGUCUACCACUUAGUGCACGAAGCUGAAAUGACAUCUGACAAUGUUGCUUAUUGGUUAAAACAUUACUGGUAUAGCAAUUGUUGUAUCUAGGUAAAUUACUCGCUCGAUGUAAGAAGAACGCGAGGCUGUCUACAGAAGUAAGUAUGAGUCAAACAUCAUAUUCUCCCUCUCCUGAUAUGGUAGAAAUGAAUCGCAUCCAUUACGAGUUAGAAUACACGGAAGGCAUCAACCAGCGUAUGCGCAUCCCAGAAAGACUGAAAGUUGCAUCUGGUGCGACGGAGGACCGUCCUGUCCCACUCCACGAGGUUCCUCUCCCCACGAGCAUGAUGCAUGUUCCGGAGAGGAUUGUGGUGGCAGGUGAGAGCGGUGACUCCCUGUACAGCAGACCCAGGGACUUGGACCUGAUUCAGUCCACUCCUGUGGAGUCAGUGGCCCUGAUGGCUCCCCCACGAGUCCUCACUCUCACUGACCAGCCGCUGGAUUUCCUGGAGCGAGACCCGUCCAGUGCAGCUCAGCCACGAGAGGAGGCACCGUCUCACACAAGGUCUCGUCGAGAGCGCUGUGUGAGUGAGACCGCUGUCAUCCGCCACCAUGGGCCACCAAUCAAACAUGAGGCCAUGAGCCCAUCUUCAGCUCCUCCCGUGCGCUUAUGUCCUCCGCUCGUUACUCCUGAGGACGGACAGAACCUCUACAGUGCCAGCGGCAUUCUGACCUACAUCCAGUGCACUACGCGCCGAGCCUAUCAGCAGGUUCUAGAAGUGCUGGAUGACUCCCAACACAGGGUUGGCCACCCGGCUUAUGACCUAAAUUUGGAAAGCACCCCUGAGGAAACAUCUUUGGUGGACGCUGCGUCACUGCGACGACAGAUAGUAAAGCUGAACCGGCGCCUUCAUCUGCUGGAGCAGGAAAACAAAGAGAGGACCAGGAGGGAAAUGAUCAUGUAUUCUGUUACUGUGGCAUUCUGGCUAGUCAACACUUGGGUCUGGUUCCGCCGUUAGAAUUUCACAGGUUUAUCUAAAUUCUGAAUUCCAGUGAUGUGGUUUGGACUGACAUGGAGGCCAGACAUAAGAAAUGUUUGAGGAGGUCUGAAUUUUCCAUCCAGUCCUCGUCUGGUUUAUAAUUUAUAAUGGGGUGCUUACCUACAUUUGGUACAUUUAUGUACUCAUAAAUGCAAUGAGUAGUGAAAUCUGGCUGCACAUGAAAACUGUUGUAGAACAUCAGCAUACAAAUACAGCAUGUCCAUGAGAAU